CGCUAAAUGAAUCCUCUCAGCGCUAGAGAGACACAUCAGGGUGUGUGAUAACAGCAGAAGCGGAAUUAUUGUAUUAAACAGCCAUCGUUUCAGUGUCUUAACCAUAGAGACACUGCAGCCUCGACUGACUUUCAUAAAGGCAUAAUGUAUUUUUAAUAAAACGAGGAGAAUCAUGUUCGUCAACGCGGCAUUACUCGUUAUUUCUUUAUUGAUGGGAUUUCACGUCACAGGGGGCAUUACUGGGGACGAUGAAGUUUAUCAGAGACCGCAUCGACGCAUAGCUAAUGGAAUGUCUGGCCCCGUGCGUCAGCACUCGGGUGUCCUCAGCCAGGGAAAGGAUUUGGGAUUUCAUGGGGAAUUGCUUCAGACCCAGUCCCGUGGUCGGUUGGCCAAGCUGAUGCCUGCAGUGUUUCUAGAAUCCCAUUUCCAAAGAGCUCCACAGAGGCAGUCAGACAUCAACUUCCUGCAAAACAUCGACCGUGUGGAGAACAAGCCUGUGUCUGCCCACCACACGGUCACAGUGGAGGAAAAUGAUGACAUAGAACUGUAUGUGUCGUCUGUUGGAGUAUCAGAACCAAUGGCCCAUGAGGAAAUGAUCCAGUUGCUCAACAUCAACACCCUUCACCACAGCUCUGGGCCGCUUGCAACCACUGAGGCGUCCACUGAGAAGAAUGUUUUCAAAAACCACCAUGAGAAGAACAGCAUCUGGGGUAAAGACGGAUUCUACGUGCUGGUUAUCUGUCUCACAAUAUUCAUCAUCAUCUUCAGCUGUUUAAUGGUGCUUUACCGAAUAAAGGAGAAGGAAUUCUUGGAUCAGCAGCUUAAAGACCCAUCCCCAUCCACCCGGGACGUCCAGCUGGCACCCAUCCCUGUUCAUGGUGCUCAGCCUCCUUUGACCCUCAAGAACAGCAUGGUCCAGGCCAACCAGACGUCCAAACCCAGUGCCACCCAUUUUACCAGCAGUACAAGCACCCCGUCCUGUAACAUCAACAUCAGUCAAACUCUUUCCAGCGUGACGACGUCAGAGCCGCAGUGCCCACCCAGCCACUCUGUGGCUGAACUCAAACCCAGUGUGUCCUCCACACAUUCACCCUUUAGGAUGAAGCCUGGCGGAGGCCUGCAGGAGCGACGAGGAUCUAAUGUCUCUCUAGUGCUGGAUAUGAGUGCUUUGGGAUCGGUGGAGCCUAUAAGUUGUGGGGUCGUGACUCCACGAGAGCGUGUGACUCAGGAAUACCUGCAGUCUGCCGGUCGAGUCCUCUCACGACAACAGCUUCGUGACAUCACAUUGAACACCCAGAGACUGCAUGCGGAAUUUGUCGAAAUUCCCAUGAACUUUGUGGAUCAGAAAGAACUGGAUAUCCCAAAUCAUGGAUCAAAAAAUAGAUACAAGACCAUUUUGCCAAAUCCACAUUCCAGGGUUAUUCUGAAGACUAAGAAAUCGAACGACCCGCUCAGCAGUUACAUUAACGCCAACUACAUACGAGGCUAUCUUGGAGAUGAGAGGGCCUUCAUUGCCACUCAGGGUCCAAUGAUCAACACGGUGAAUGACUUCUGGCAGAUGGCCUGGCAAGAGGACUGCCCUGUCAUUGUCAUGAUUACUAAAUUGAAAGAGAAAAAUGAAAAAUGUGUUCUGUACUGGCCUGAGAAGAGGGGGAUCUAUGGGAAAGUGGAGGUCUUCGUUAAUAAUGUUAAGGAAUGUGACCACUAUAUAAUCCGCUCCCUUAUACUAAAGCAAGGAGGCCAGAGUCGUAAAGUGCAGCACUACUGGUAUACCUCAUGGCCGGACCAUAAGACCCCAGAGAGCGCUGGACCCCUGCUGCAGUUAGUUAAUGAUGUUGAGCAGGACAGGAGGGGCUUUACAUCCUGUGGGCCGAUUAUUGUACACUGCAGUGCUGGAAUUGGUCGGACAGGGUGUUUCAUGGCUACAACAAUUGGUUGUCGUCAGUUGGAGCUGGAGGGAGUUGUGGAUGUGCUGGGAAUUGUGUGCCAACUUAGGACAGACAGGGGUGGUAUGAUCCAGACUGAGGAACAAUAUGAAUUUGUGCAUCAUGCCUUGAGUCUCUAUGAAAGCCGCCUUCCUGCAGAGCCUGGACAAUGAAUUUUAACUACUAGAGGAGCUUCAGUUUUCAUACCAAGAGAUCUGCUAUUGCCAUGAAAUUUCUAAAUCACGAGAGAAGGCGCCAGAUCGUGUUUGUGAAGAAGGAUUUUUGAGCUUGUCAAGGCAAGGGUUGCACACAUCUGAUGUUGUCUGGAAGCCGGUGUUGUCGGCAAAUGUAUUUGUUGUCAACUUUUCGAUAGCCUCUGUCAUGCUUUUCAAGGCUGUCAAAUGGUUUUGCCACUAGUGUUAAAGUGUAUCAGUGUCAUUGUACAAGAUAUAGUUCCACUAAAUAAUGCUUUUUUUGAACACAAUAUACACAGCAUAAAGACUAUAUCAGU